AUGCAACAACUGCGCCGCAUCGCGCUGCCCAAACUGAUUGUUGUGUUGAGUCUGAUCAGCUUUCUGCUACCGCUGCAAGCCACAGGCGCUGACCUGGCGCUGGCUUCGGUCAGCGCGGUGGCGGUGGACGUUACGGAUAGCCAGGUGCUGUUGGAGCAGAACGCUGACAUUGUCCUGCCGAUUGCCUCCAUCACCAAAUUGAUGACUGCGCUGGUGGUGUUGGAAUCAGGCACAGACCUGGACGAGUGGCUGACCAUUGAAGAUUGGGACAGGAAAACCGCCAAGAACGCUUAUUCCAGAAUCCGCCUGGCCUCCAGCGCGCGCCGCCGCGACCUGCUGCGCAUUGCUCUGAUGUCCUCGGAGAACCGUGCGGCCUAUAACCUGGCUUUACACCAUCCCGGCGGUUUUGAUUCUUUUGUUAAGGGCAUGAACACCAGGGCACUCAGUUUGAAUAUGCGGGACACCCACUUCACCGACCCGACCGGGCUGGACGUCACUAACAGGUCGUCUGCAGCAGACCUGGCACGAAUGGUGAUCGCCGCUUAUCAACAACCGCUGCUGAGGGAUUAUUCCACCACCCGGCAGUUCACCGUGAACUUCAAGCAACCGCGCUACCGCCUUGCCUACGGCAACACCAAUCCGCUGACAGGCAGCGACCGGUGGGAGGUAGGCUUGACUAAAACCGGUUACCUUACCGAAGCCGGGCGUUGUCUGGUUAUGGUGACGGAAAUGGCUGGCCGAAAGGUCGGCGUGGUACUGCUCAACUCCCUGGGUACCCGUUCGCCUCUGGGAGAUGCGGGACGCAUACGCCGUUACCUGGAAGCCGGCACACGCAGCAAUGUCGCCAAAGCCGCACUGGAUCACCGCGCACAGGUUAUGCAGACGCUUGGGUUAAGUGUGCAAUGA